AUGGCGAUAGCAACGGAGACUCAACAAGAACACAAGACAUCUUCAGAAAGCACAACAGCAGAGAAGAAGAGGUGGAAUCUCAAUGACUUCGAUAUAGGCAAGCCUCUCGGUAGAGGAAAGUUUGGACACGUUUAUCUCGCAAGGGAAAAGAGGAGUAAUCAGAUUGUGGCGCUGAAGGUGCUGUUUAAGAGCCAACUGAAACAGUCUCAGAAACGAGUUUAUUUGAUCUUGGAGUAUGCUGCCAAAGGAGAAUUAUAUAAGGAGCUGCAGAAAUGUAAAUAUUUUAGUGAAAGACGCGCUGCUACUUAUGUUGCAUCAUUAGCUAGAGCACUCAUCUACUGUCAUGGAAAGCAUGUGAUUCAUAGAGAUAUUAAACCAGAGAACCUUUUGGUUGGAGCACAGGGUGAGCUCAAAAUUGCAGAUUUUGGUUGGUCGGUGCACACAUUUAACCGCAGGAGAACAAUGUGUGGCACACUAGAUUAUCUUCCACCAGAGAUGGUUGAGAGUGUGGAGCAUGACGCAAAUGUGGACAUCUGGAGCCUUGGUAUUCUGUGCUACGAGUUUCUUUAUGGGGUGCCUCCAUUUGAAGCAAAAGAGCACUCAGACACAUAUAGAAGGAUUGUCCACGUGGAUUUAAAAUUCCCUCCAAAACCUAUUGUUUCAUCUGCUGCAAAACAUCUCAUUAGCCAGAUGCUUGUCAAGGACUCUUCACAACGUCUGCCUCUCCACAAGGUUCUUGAGCAUCCUUGGAUUGUGCAAAAUGCAGAUCCCACUGGCAUAUACAGAGGUUGA